AUGGUGCUCCUUUCACAAUGCACGACAAUACUGCUCUCAUGCCUAUUAGCAACUGCAUCAUGGCUACCAUCGGCGCAAGCCUUCAAGGGCAUGCCCGUGACCUUUCAUGAAUAUCAGUAUUCAGGUGAAAACAAUAAUCCAGAGAAUCCUACCUUUGGCAUUGCUGGUACUCCUCGGGUCCGCCAAAUGCCUCCUGGGCGAGGUGCCUUUUUGGAUGACGCCGGUAAUACACCAUUCUCAGAAGAGAACAGUGAUCUUCCCUCGGCCCGCCGCAUCAUGGAAGAACUCUUUCGGAAACCCAUUCCGACUCAAACCUCUGCCUUGCGAUGCGAAUUGCUCUUGUAUUUUGGUUUGUUGAUUCAAGUGGAUACCAUGAAGAUGGGCUCCAAUAGCAGCGAACCCUUUCAUAUUCCCUGCGAUGGACAAUUGGAAGAUGCCAUGUUUUGUCCCGCUACAGGAAACUCGUAUUGCGCCAGCAAUGGGGGCUAUGACACUACAUCACCACCACCUGCUCAAACCAACGUCUUUCGGGCCGAACACGAGAUUGUGGAUGGACAACGUGCUACGAUGAAUGGAAAUACAGCCUUUUUGGACAUGAGCUUUCUCUAUGGUGGCUCCAAGGAUCAAGCCGACAAGAUUCGUUCCUUUGUAGGUGGUCAGUUGGAUUUGGUGGACAAUGGAGCUGGACUUUUGCCAAGAGAUUCAACGGUCCUCAGCCACAUGAACACUCUUCCUACUUUGUAUUCCCUCAUUGUGGUCUUUAUGCGGUUUCACAAUUAUGUCGCCAAAUACACCAUGGAAGAGAACCCAAACUUUACGGACGAACAAAUCUACAACUCGGCCCGCAACUAUGUCAUUGGCACCUAUCAAAAGAUGGUUCUCAACAAUUACUUUCCUGCCAUUACUGGCGAUACCUUGGGUGUCUACAGGGGAUAUGAUCCUUCCGUCAAUCCUGCCGUCGACGAGUUCUUUGCCACGGUCAGUUACCGAUAUGCCCACACGGAGCAACCGUCCGUCAUUCGCUUGAUGGAUCCCAACUAUGUGCCCACCGCGGCGGACCCCAUCUUUUUGCGGGAUGCUUUCACUCCAAAACAACCCGACGGCAUUGCAAAGAUGGUGACCGAUCUAUCCGAAGGGAUUGAAAAUGUGUUGCGAGGAGCAACCUUUACUCCCAAGAAACCCUACGAUACCUAUUUUGUGGACGAUUUGAAUCUCUUCACUCCGACCACUGUCUUGGACAUUCAACGAUCUCGCGAUGUAGGAAUUCCUCCCUACAAUGAAGUCCGACGCAGGAUGGGGUUGAAACCAGCCGAAAGUAUUUACGAGCUGGUCAUGUCGAAUAAAUUUGGAAUUUCCUACGAAGACUCUUCCGAGCUAGUGGCCAUUCUGCAAAAUUUGUACAAUGACGAUGUGGAGAAGGUGGAUGCCUACGUUGGAGCACUUUUUGAAGGAGCCGACGAAUCCACGGGCACCUUUGGUCCUCUCUUUGAUAAUUCCUUCAAGGAUCAGUUCAACCGGAUCCGUUUGGGGGAUCGUUUCUGGUUCGAAAAUGUGUUCUCCGAAGAAGAGCAGAGUGGGAUGCUUACCCUCACGGAUAUUAUCAAACUGGUUUGCGAUGGAAUGAAUCGAUUUCCUUGGGACCCGUUUGCUGUCUGGGGUACUGACAUGAACAAGGUAGUCGAAGAAGACUGCGAUGAACCAACUCAAUUGAAUAAAGUCUCCUUGUUGGGAGGCGGAUAUACAAUGGCCUGGGCUAUUUUCCCUCCUGAUCCCACGGCGGAACAGGAUUCCGGUGAGGAACCGGGAAGGACCGUCGAAGUUACUUUGACUGCCGAAGAAGGAUUUGACGGUGUUGGGUUUAUGGGUGUUGGGUGGAGAGCCCGAACCAUGAAUGGUGCGGAUAUCUGGUUCUGCACAAUCGACCCAGAAAACUUUGUGGUGACGCCUGGUUCUUGUGAUAGCAGACAGACCGAGCCUUUUGCCUUCAACUGCUGUGUGGCACGAGGUGCCAAUGUGAUGCCAAAUUGUCUCGGGCUAAGCGAUCCAGAUUUUUAUCCUUUGCAAGUCGUCGAUUGGUGCUUGGACGCGGAUCAAUCAUCAGUCACAAUCCGGGCUGAUGUUUGUGCUGGAGACGAUGUUGGGGGCAAGACUCGCAACUGCUUCCAAUCCUCCUCGAAUGGCGAUGGAACUAUGAAUAUGAUUGCAGCCUACAAUCCUUCCCGAGUGAGACCUCACGGAUUUCAACGAAGGACUUCCACCGUAGUUGAUUUGAAGGCAGGGAUUCAAACGGCAGACGAAGGUAACGUUGCUCAAGAAGGAUUGAUCGCCUAUCAUGCUAUCACAAUGCUGGUAUUCUGGAUGUUCCUUGCUCCUAUUGGCAUAUUCGUUGCCCGGUACAUGAAGACCAAAACUUGGCGUCUCGUGACUCACAUUUCCAUCAUGGGUGCGGUUGCUGGUUUGAUGAUUCCAAUUCUGAUUGGCGUGGAGGCUUCCGUCGGUGCUACGGACAAGUCUCAGGAGCAUGCGGUUGUCGGUUUGGGAUUGACUGCGGUUGUGCUUCCAAUGUUCCUCGCUGGAAGAAUUCGUCUGUUGAAGCUCCAAGGAGUCAAAGUGGGCAGAAGGACCGCUCGCAUUGCAUUCGCGUUCCACAAGUAUACUGGUUAUUUCAUUUUGUUUGCCUCCUGGUAUAAUUGCUAUGCCGGCCUUAUUCGAAUCUCUCCAGAAGACUCGAACCUCCAACUAGUGCUAUUUUCAAGCGUUUCGUUGGGGUACGACUUUCCAAUUUUUGGAUUCAUAAAGGACCACCUAUUCGUACCAUAUGUUGCAUUGAUUUGCCUUACUUUCCUUGCUGCCGAAAUCCAUAAGCUGCGAUUGAAUGGGGCAUUUCACGAGAAGAAGCUAAAGGAAGUCAAGGAAGGAAAAUCAAUCUGGGACGAUCAAGACGAGGUCGAUUUGUACGACGAAAUGACUAUGGACAAGUUUUUAGAUCUCACAAGGCUUGGAAGCAACCUGUGCAUCAUUGAUGGCCGUGUUUUGGAUAUCAGUGGCUUCGUCGACAGUCAUCCUGGAGGAAGAGACAUGCUGAAAACUGUCGCUGGAUCGGAUAUCACUGAUGAGAUCGCUGGUUUGAGAGAUAUUGAAGGAUUCAGGCAUGCUCACAGUUACUUCGCCUUGCAGAGGAUGAAAACGCUAGUGAUUGCUGUGCUUGUCGCGGAGGACUUGGAAAAGUACAAGCCUAUUCUCAUCUCGUCCGCAAUUCUAGCUGGAAAUACCAAUGUCCAGGACACCGAAAACCCUGUGCAAACAGUGCAAAUCAAUUCAAUGCCAGUUUUUCGCCGAGCACGUAUUCUUGAUGUACGGUUUAUUACUCCCUUCGAAGAGAUUUCAGAUGUCAACAAACCAGUGAUAAUGUUGUGCCUUGCAGUGCCAAAGGUUGCUGGCUGCAUUAUUUCAAACGAUGGUUUUAUUUUACCAAGUGCAUGUUUCAAGUUCCGUGUUGUGAACGCAUGGGGAUCGACAUUUGAAGCCUAUUACACUCCCGUGAGGCUAUUGAAGGAUGGUGUCGACCGAGGUGCACGUAGUAGCGUCAGCGUGAAAGAGGACGAAAAUGUUUACGAGUUUCUGAUUAGCUUACGGCCAGGAGGUCAGAUUUCUAAGGCAUCUUUGGAAUGGAAGAUCGGGAAGGCACUUGCAGUCCAAGGACCCAGUGUCAAUCCCAAAGUUCUGCAAAGUCUUGUUUCGAUCACCUCAUCCACAGUGAUGACGCUUUUCGCGGCUGGCACUGGAAUAGCUCCAAUGCUCCAACUGUUAGACUUUUACACGGAGCCUUCGAGGCGCUCCAGCACCCCGAAUAUCUUUUUGAUAUGGGUGUUGAAAGGUCCUGAACACAACUACAGCGAUUGGCUUGGGUUCGAAGAAAGAGCCAAACAGCUGCAGGGGAAGUUCAAGUGGAUUAUCAUCUACUCUUCUUCGAAUUCAUCUGAUAAGAACAAAACACAGCGGACGUCGCACACUACCAGCAGGAAGGACGCGAACUCUGGGUCUUUACGAGAAUCAGCAAUUGCUCCAAGUUCCAUUCGCAACCGCGUUUCGAGGAAAGGGAAAGGAGAUUCGAGUGCGUCAGCACCACGCAGCAACCGCUUUUCCCUUGCCAAGUCCCUGCGAAAAGAAUCGAGUGAUACCAAAAUCUCCUCAGUGGCGGUUCCAUCAAAAUAUGCUUCGAGCGUAGCAGCUUCUAAUGGGUUGAAGCUGUUCAAGGGUCGGAAUAGAGGAAGUUUGAUCGAGCGGAUCAGGAACCACGACCCAACAGCGUUUACACCAACAAAAGCAGAUGCUGGUGUUUCGUUUUCUCCUGAUCUUAAAUUUGAUGACGAUUUCUGGCGCGUUCAUGCAAAUAAGGCCCUUUGUCUUCAACUUGACGAACCAUUGGUGUCCAACAUUCUCGCCUCGAUUGACUACUAUUUUGAAAUUGAAACCGCAAGAGACUGUGCAAAAGCAGUUACCGAAGCGCACCAGAAGUCAGAUGCCGGUCGUCGCCACGAUUCUUCACAUACCUCAGAGACGGAGGGGACAAAAACGAAGGAGAAGAUGUUAGCUGACGAAGUUGCAGAUGCUUUCCGAGACAGUGGUCAUAGUACUGUGAGCUGUGCCCCCGAAGAAAUUAAAUUCUUUCUUUGCGGAAGUCCAAGAUUUGAUUCCAACGUUCGAGACUGGUUGGAAUCAAAAGGAUGUGACACUGAUUCGAUCCACAAUUUCUACGCCUCUCCCAAUGUUCAUAUUUAA